UGGGUUUCCUUUUAAUCAGUUCUCAAACUGCAGGGGACUUUUAUUGAUUCAACAAAGCACCAUUAUUAUUUUCCUGUCUAUCAGGUGGUGCCCCAACUUGAUAAUUUUGAUCUAAAUUGGUAGAUUAAUUAAUAAUUACCCUUUAUUAUUAUUUAUAGUUAUUAAUAGCCAAAUCAGACUUAUUAUUACACUUUCGUGGGAAAGGUUGAUAUGAACAGCUUAUGCUACACAUGUAUAACAAUACACUUAAAACUCAUAUUUUGAUAUUCAGUGAGGAUCAUUGCUAAAGACAACUUACAUCGUCCCUAUGUGAGAGUGAUAUAACUCACAACACUCUUUCAGCUGUAGCCAGACAUGUGUGCCUCAUUGUGUUUCCACCCUGCUGGAACUUUUGAGGAACCGCAGAAGAUAAGAAUGAAAUUCCUCUACAUUCAAGGUUGAGUCAUCCCAACUAAGAGAUGAACUGAUUUCAUUGAAAUGUGAAAUCAGUUCAUUUUAUUGAUUUUAUUUUUAUUAUUUGAUUUUUACUGUUUUUACUUUUAGUAGUUUAUUAGUUUUGUCAGUAGUUUAGUUGGAGUAUUACAAACUUGGUGAGUUUGUUGAUUGAAGUAUUUAACUGUAAGGUUGAAUAAAUUUUUUGUUUUUAAACCCUUGUAUAUCAGAGAGAAGUUGUUUGUAUUUAUUUCAUACAUGUGUUGCUGUUCAAAGCCCACCAUUACUGUCGUUUUAAAACCUAAGUCUUAUCAGGCAAGUAUUUAUAGAAAGUAUCUGCAACUCAACUGUUUGGCUGUUAUUUUCCUGAUGGUCAGGCAGUCCCCAGACUUGGUCAUAUUGAUCUACAUUUCUAGUUUAAUUGUUAAUUGCCCUAAGCUGUUAUUUAUUAAUAGUCAAACCAGCCUCACACAAUAGUUUCAUUUUUUUUCCAACUUGCCACUAUCCUAAUUUUCCAAAUGUCAGUGUGGUGUGUGUGGGAGGAGAUGGCAUGUUCAGUGAGAUCAUCCAUGGUCUGGUGUGGAGGACACAAAUCGACAAUGGUGUAGAUCCAAACUGUCCUGAUGAAGACCUUUCUCCCUGCUCACUUCGCAUUGGAAUCAUCCCUGCAGGUUCAACAGACUGUAUUUGCUUUGCCACAAUUGGAACCAAUGACCCAGUCACCUCUGCACUGCACAUCAUUGUGGGAGACUCUCAGCCAAUGGAUGUGUGUUCAGUUCACCACCACAACAUGUUCCUGCGAUACUCCGUCUCUCUGCUGGGAUAUGGUUUCUAUGGCGACAUGCUAACUGACAGUGAGAGGAAAAGAUGGAUGGGCCUGGCCAGAUACGACAUAUCAGGUUUGAAAAUGUUCCUGACUCACCAUUACUACGAGGGAACGGUGUCCUACCUGCCAGCAAGAGGUAUCAUUGGAACUCCACGAGACGCAGGCAGAUGUCGAUAUGGCUGUGCAGUUUGUCAGCACAACGGACAGAUACAGUCAGAGAGAGCUGAGAAGUAUAAGACAAAUGAAGACUCAGAAUGUGCAGAUGACGGAGAGUGGAGGACGAUCCGAGGAAAGUUCUUAGCUAUAAAUGCUGCCAGUAUGAGCUGUGCUUGUCCUCGCAGCCCCAAAGGACUCUCCCCUGCUGCUCACUUGGCUGACGGUACUACUGACCUCAUCCUUGUCAGAAAAUGUUCGCGCUUCAACUUCCUUAGACACCUCCUGCGACACACCAACAAAGAUGACCAGUUCGACCUGGCCUUUGUAGAGGUCCACCGGGUGGUGCGUUUCCGCUUUACCCCACGCUACUGCCAGAGCGACUCAGACCUCGAGCUGGACCUGCUUGAGAACGGCAAAAGGCAGAUCUUCAGCCAGAUUUGCAGAGACCACCCAGCUUGUGGCUGCACACGCACUAACAGCAGCUGGAACUGCGAUGGUGAGAUCCUGACCCACACAGCCAUCGAUGUCAGAGUGCACUGCCGGCUAAUCAAGUUGUUCGCACGAGGGAUUGAAGAGCCUCAAGUGUUUGCAGACCUCAGCAACCCCUGUGUAAUAUAAACCUYUCUCAUUYCCAUCAAGAUGUCUUCAGACACUGGAACUGUUUCCAGCUGCUGAMAGGCUUUAAUGUUUCUCUACUGAUAUUAGCUGAAUUUAACAGGCUAGAUGGGGGAAACAAACAAAGCAUCAUGCAAAAACAUCAGAUGUAAUUUUUUUUCUCGGGUCAAUGUAUGAACAUAGGCAUAUAAAACAAAAGCUCUGAGCGUUAAUGUCCAAAGGAAUUGUGAAAAUGUAUGGACCAUCUAGCAAGCUCCUAUGUUGGUUCUCUCAGUUGUCACCUGCAAGUUACAGAGUAAGCUCUCAUCACAGAAAACUUUAAAAUAAUCUUUUUGAUCAACUAUCUGUGUUAUGUUGGUGGACACAGUCGGUUUAAUCAAUUACAAGGUUAAAGUUCAACACCAAAAAGGCCAACAUCUGCCUCCAUCAUGUCAAAACUGCAGAUCGAUGCUGUUUUGUGCACAAGGCAAGACACACCAAUCAACUUGGAGAAUGUACUGUACAAUAGUAACUCACCUGCCUUGUGAUGUGAAGUUCCACCAACUAGCAGGCGAUUUGCUGUCAUGAAAACAGUUGUUCCUGCAUUGGAAAUGCUGUAAAAAGSAGAGAGUAGAGACCUGUCCUGUCAUGCUGAUCUUCUGUUUGAUGCACUGAAGAGCCUGACAUCCCUCUCUGUCUCUCUGCACUUGAAAUGUCUGGACCUCACAGACAAGCAUACAAUCAUAUUCAUUUUAGCUGUGCCUCAGAGUCACCCUCUGCUUACAGAUAUGCAGUUUUUUCUAGAGCUUGAAAGGAAGCGAUGAUGUGCUGGUUUAUACUUUGUCUACUUGGAAGAAAAGAAAGGAAAAAAAAMMCAGAAAGAAUAAAGGGAUUCCCCACCAGAA